CCUAAGACGAGCAUCUUUUCCAAUUCCCAGCAUUCGAAGAAAGAUACUCUAUCGAAGCAGCACUAUUAUUCCCUAUACGGUCACGUAUGCUGCACUUCGUUAAUCUGCGCCACCCAAGCGACGGUUCCGUGGGUAAGCAGGAGCGGCGAGCGGCCCAGUCGCACUCAGCGCGGGCUACCCACAGAAAGAAUAGGCAGCUUCGGAUGAUCCAGCACCAAUCUAGAAAAUCGCAUGCAAGAAUCAAAGAGCUUGGAGCGCAAAAUCUCAAGUCAAACUUGGCGAUAUCUCUGUGUCUGAGUGGGCUGUUAUCACCGGACAGAAAAGACCCAUUCAUCAGCUUUGUCCGCCCCUUCAAGCCCAUUGAGCACUUCCUGCUAGACCACUAUGUCACGACUGUGAUUCCCCUCAUGCGCUGCAAUGACGCUGCUUCAUACUACCUGGAUUGCAUGACCCGGGCAUGGGUGCCACUUGCUUUGACUGAGCGGGGACUGCUUGAUGCAAUCUUCCUUGCCGCAUGCCGACAGAUCUGCCGAAGCUGCCAGCGCCCACAGCAACAACAGCAAUUCAUGCAGUUAGCUUGUCACUACAAAAUUGCAUGUAUCAAGUCUCUGAGUGAUUCUAUUUCUGUCGAGUCGUUCUUUAGUGAUGCGACAGUUGCAAAGACCCUAAUGCUAGCAUACGAUGAGUUGGCCGCAUCGAACAUCCACAUGUACAGGCAUCAUGUUAAAGCAGCUGUCAGAAUGGUCGAUCUGAACGGAGGACCCCAGACUCUUGGCCUUGAUGGAUUUAUCGAGCAUUUGAUUUCUAAUCUCUGCUGCAAGCUUAGAUUGUACUCUUAGCCUUUAAAGGUUUUAAGCUCAUAUCUGGCAUAAAGAAUCCGGAUCUCGAACUCAAGACCCUGUUGAGGCACCACAAA